GGUGCGUUGGGCCCGGGCCCGCGCCCGCCACCGUUUCUCAGCGGGGCCCUGAGGCCCCGGUUCCUUCGACCCACCCCGGCCGCGGCUUAGCGGAGUUUCUCCGGUCCCCGGCCUUCCGCAGGGGGAAAGCUGCGGCCAUGGAGAAGUACCAGGUGCUGGGCCUCGUGGGGGAAGGCAGCUACGGGGUGGUGACCAAGUGCAGAAACAAGGAGACUGGGCAGAUCGUCGCCGUCAAGAAGUUCCUGGAAAGCGAGGACGACGCGGUGGUGAGGAAGAUCGCCGUGAGGGAAAUCAAGCUGCUGAAGCAACUCAGGCAUGAGAAUCUCGUGAACCUGCUGGAAGUGUGUAAAAAGAAGAAACGGUGGUAUCUGGUGUUUGAAUUUGUGGAUCACACGGUGCUUGAUGACCUUGAGGCCUUUCCAAACGGACUAGACUACAGCAGGGUUCGGAAAUACUUAUUUCAGAUUAUGAGAGGAAUAGCGUUUUGUCACAGUCAUAAUAUAAUACAUCGGGAUAUUAAGCCAGAGAACAUACUAGUUUCCCAGUCAGGAGUUGUAAAACUAUGUGACUUUGGAUUUGCCCGUACCUUAGCAGCUUCAGGGGAAGCUUACACAGAUUACGUGGCAACCCGAUGGUACAGAGCUCCAGAGCUGCUGGUGGGAGAUAUCAAAUAUGGCAAGGCUGUGGAUGUGUGGGCUAUUGGCUCUCUGAUAACAGAAAUGCUUACAGGAGAGCCCCUUUUCCCUGGAGAUUCAGACAUUGACCAGCUCUACCAUAUCACCAGGUGCCUGGGUAAUUUAAUUCCAAGACACCAAGAGUUAUUCUAUAAAAAUCCCCUUUUUGCUGGCAUGAGGUUGCCUGAAGUGAAGGAGGCUGAAUCUCUGGACAAACGAUAUCCCAAGCUCUCUGCUGCAGUACUAGAUUUAGCCAAGAAGUGUUUGCAGAUUGAUCCAGACAAAAGACCAUCCUGUGCCGAACUCUUGCAGUGCGAUUUCUUUAACAAGGAUGGAUUUGCUGAAAGAUUUGCUCAGGAGCUUAAAUUGAAGAUUCAGAAAGAUGCCAGAGACCAUCAAUUGCAAAAAAAAUCAAAAAUCACCAAAAGGGACAAAGAUGAUGUUUUAGAAGAAAGAAAAAUUAUUGGUGUCCAGGAUUUCAGCAUUGACCCAAAGAGCAGAGAUGCAAAGCUAUUAAAGGCGAAGCGCUCUAAAGCUGAUGCAGAGAAAGCAGACCGAUCCUCCAACCUGAGCUCCCUCUACGACAGUGCGAUCAACCCCUUUAAAAUAAGCCCUCAAACCAGCCUAAAAGAUUCCAGCAGCAGCUUGGACUAUGCCAAGAAUGCAGGCAUAGUUAUCCCUCCCAUCAACCAGAACUUUUCUCCCACCACGGUUGGGAUGGGUCCUGUGCCUGGGAACCUUAAUUACAGAGUUGAUGAAAAGAGUAAAAAAUACUUGAACCCAUUUCUAAAGCAACGGAAACAUUCUCCAGCAGGCCAUUACAGUGUAAGCUUGACAUUGGUGACUAAUGAAAAAAACAUCCUUCAGGCAAAUAGGAAAAAAUGGGAAUUCUCCAAGACAGAUGUGCGUUUGCCAGAACUAAAUCAUCUCCCUGAACUGAGAGGAGUGGAAGCGUGGCAUCCCAGAUUUCUGAGAAAGGAAAAUAAAAUCGUUUCAGAGUCCCGUGUCCCCUCCCUUGCUGCUAUUGACCUCCAUAAUCCAAGUCUGGCCUCACAGCAGCUGUCAGGGACCUUGAUGCCCGAUGCAUCAGAAGCCAGCUUCCCCAGAGUUGAGCACUAGCCUUAUGGAGAAGAUCACACCUGCCUGUAAAAGGUGGCUGAAACAGUGGGAACAAUCCACCUGAGUUUCCGGGUGCUAAAGCUGCAAGGUCUCUGCAGGAGAGAGGAGGAUCCCUUACUCUCGUUAGCCCAGCAGACUGCCAUGGGAAGAGGCUCAGGUCCAGUCCAAGGACAGAGCUCACGCUGCCAUUGCUGCUGGAUUUCUUGCAUGCAAAACAGCUCGCGAAACGUUGACUUUCUGGCCUAGGGCCGGGUCUUAUCUGAGGUUGCUCAGAGAAAAACAGUGGUUAUUGUGUGACAAGGGUAGAAGCUGGUUUGGAGGAUUUUGAAGGAAGCUGGGCUUUCUUUUGUCUAACUGCUGCCCUCUUGAGGGUUUCUCUUUAAAUGAAGAGAGUAGAUAGCUGCUGAAUUUGCCAUGUUUUGGUGGGCUACCUGAUCUGUAUUGGAAAGCACCUUUGCCUUGACAAAAAUGUGAGUGAAGAAAAUGUUUGUGCAAGAAAUACAAUGUUUAAAUGUGUAAAUGUUCCCAACUGUUCCUUUGAAACCCUUGCUAAGGCUCAGCAGCAUGUGUGAUCUUGUGUUAGGUUCCUUUUCCCUCCAUGCUUUCAUGCCCCAGUCUUUGGGUGGUUGUUUUUAGGGUGUUUAACUUGGCCUGUUGUCUGGCCACGCUGGGUGAAUGUCUGGCUGCUGUUAAUGGUGAAGGAAGAAUAACAGUGUAAAAUACUGAGCUGUGUAGCAAGUGGCAUGUGAAAUGGUUUCUAUGAAUGCUCAGUUACUCCCUUAAGUCAUCAGUCCUUUAGGUUCCUUGGGGCUCGGGACAUGCAAGUGUAAAACUGACAGUGGCUUGUGGAGAAAGAUGGCAUCGCCGUUAUCUUGGGUCUGUUAUGAGACCAUUUUUGCUUAUCUGCCCUCAAGCUGGCUGUAGUCAGUUCUGUGGUGUCCCUGCGUUGCUCACAACUCUCUCUUCUGGCAGCUCGAGGCUGCUGUCACAGCUCACACCCCUGUACGGUGUAGUUAAUUUUGGAACUUGUCUUUACACAAAAUAUGGCCUUUACCAUCGAUUUACCGUGGCAGAAUACAGUAUGAAUGUCAUCUUAUUUAGAACUUUGUGGCUAUGCUGUGUUUUGACACUUACGUUAAAAUUUGUAAAUAAAAGGAUAAUCAAAUUCCAGAUUUCUUGGUA